AUGACCUACGAGCUGGCAUCCGUUUAUGACUCUACCAACUUCUUCAACCAAUUCUCCUUCUUCUCUGCAUUCAACUUACCAAUCUUUUUAUAUACUUCCGAUCCAACACAUGGCUUCGUCCAAUACGUCGACGCCAACACAGCUCGAACAUCUGGUCUUACACGAAUCGUCAAUAACACCCAAAUAUAUGUUGGCGUAGACAACUUGACAACUCUGAAUUAUCCAACCAACAAUGCGGUUCCAGAUAGCGAUGUCCCAGCCAGCACCGCUAAUGGUCGCAAGAGUGUCCGCCUUGAAAGUCGUCAGACCUUCGACUGGGGUCUUCUCAUUGCUGAUUUCGCACAUAUACCCAGCAGCAUCUGCGGAACAUGGCCGGCAUAUUGGACAUAUAACUAUGCUGAAGACCCAUAUGGUGAGGUUGACAUCAUCGAAGGUGUCAACAACCAAAUCGGGGACGUUAUCAGUAUGCAUACGGGCGCUCGAUGCCGUCUGGAUGACGAUCCUCAGAAUCAGACAGGGACAGAUGUGAGAACUGAUUGCUCACUCUCAACAAACUAUGUUGACGGGUGCGGUGUAUCUGGCUCAUUAAAUUCGUAUGGGGAUCUGUUCAAUGCACAAGGUGGAGGAGUCUGGGUAUUGUGGCUUGACAAAGAUGAUCUUGCAGUUUGGAUGUUUCCUCGAAUGGAAGUCCCAGAUGAUAUUGUCAAAGGAACGGAGUUGACCCUCAAUAAUUGGGGGAAAUCACUCUUGCACUUCAAAUCUCAUACGGGAUGCCGUGCUAUGGACCAGUGGAGAAAUCAAACAAUAAUUUUCAACAUCGACUUUUGUGGCGAAAAUGCUUCUGGGUCGAACUGGAACCAGCCAGCGAGUUCGUCCUCAUCACAAAGCUGUGCAGACAGCACAAGCUUCUCCUCUUGCGAAGCUUAUGUUGCCGCCAAUCCUCAAGCAUUUUCCAACUCCUACUUUCUGAUCAACUCGGUGAGAGUGUAUCAGUCUCGAAAUCCGGCGAGCAUAAACGAAAGUUUGUCUAAUGGUGCUGUAGGAACGCGAAUAUCCCCAGGUAACAUCUUGUUGAUGGUGGUGGGAUGGGCGCUCGUUGUGGGGUGGUUUUCAUAA